AUGAAACAAGCACCAAGUACGGAACCACUCAGAAAAAAGGACUGCCCUACGUUGCAUAGACAAUACCCGUCACCAAAACGGCCGGAAAGACAACCAGUCCGGCUGAAAGGUCUGUCCUCAAGCCCUAGGGGUGGUACCAUCACAAACUCCCAACCACGAACUGAAGAGGUAUCAGUCGAAGAGCCACGCGUGACGCCAAUACAACGCCCAGAACGCCGCCCUCGAGUGAAGGGGGGAAAAAUAAGAAAAAGAUACGUGCCAACGGCCCUGUGCGCAUUCGGGAUAUCCUAG